CACAAGGUUUCCUUGCCAUUUGAAAUCAGCAAUAACUCCAAAAGAAAAAAAGAACAUUCCAGAGAAAGGGGUGUGUAUGUAUGAUAGGAUUAUUUAUCGCAAAUACUGCAUUAAACAUCACUUUUUGUAACUUUUAAGAUUCUGAAAUCUUAUGUAAAGUUCCACCCACACCUAUAACUCACCAACCAUUUGCCUGCCUCAAGUUCGAUGUUAUAUUAGAUGCUAUUUUAGAUUUGAUAAAGCCUGAAAACAUUCACUUGUGAUCAUCUUUUGGCAUGACACAGAGUGAUUCCAACAUUAAUAUAAGGUUUAUGCCAUUCGGUCUGCAAUAGUGAAGCCAUAGUGACUUAGCUACAUAUAACAAAUAAUCCAAACUUUAUUAACUGCAGUAUUAAUGGACCAUUGAACCAGGGCUAAUUCUGAGAGUAUAAAAGCAGAGAUGCUACACAUGCUGAUAUGCUUUAUUAUAUCAUUACAGGAUUAUAAAAAUAAAAAAAAAAGCUCAACUGAACAAUAUAAACACAAACAGUAGGACACAUUCAAAGCUCUGCUUCAAAGGAGAAAUAUUUAAGGUGAUUUUGUGUUAGAGACGAAGUCUGUGUAUAUUAACGAUAUGAUUAAAUAUGUAAGCAUUGUAAGCCUAUCCCUGAAGAUAUGAUUUAAAUACUGCAGUCUUUAGAACAGUAGUGUUACAAGAGGACAAGUUUGAAAAACUCAGUCAUUCACAUGACCAGAAAAACAGGUAGAUAUAUAUCAGAUCCAUCCAUACACAGAGGCGUGAUGAAUAUUAGAGUCAGUCCUAACUACAGAGCUGCAUUUCACUUGUCUGGUUAGCUUCUUUCUGUUCACAGUUACAGAGGAUUUCUGAAGAAUUCUGAUCAUGUCCCGCAAGCUCCAUACACCGAGGACCAAAGAAGUGACCAAAGGAGACAUUUGGCUGGAAUUUACCCAACUAGCUGCUGAGAACAAAGUAGUGAACCUUGGAGAGGGAUUUCCUGACUUCCCUCCUCCCAGUUUUGUCAAGGAGGCUCUUUGCACUGCUAUCAGUGGAGGCAGUGAUAUGUACCAAUACACACGCACUGCUGGCCAUCAACCUCUUGUAAAGAUCCUUGCCAAAUUCUUUGGGAGGAUUUUGGGCCUGGAAAUAGAUCCCAUGCAGGAUAUACUGGUUACUGUGGGAGCCACUGAAGCCCUUUUCUGUGCGAUUCAGGCUCUGAUUGCUAAAGGCGAUGAAAUAAUUAUUAUGGAACCUUUCAAUAACUGCUAUAAGUCCAUGACAGUAAUGGCAGGAGGAAAACCUGUGUAUGUGCCCCUCAAACCUACAAAUGUCAGUGGUCCAACGUUGUCCAGUGCCGACUGGAUGUUGUGUCCUGAAGAGCUGGCCGGAAAAUUGACCUCUAAUACAAAGGCUAUCAUCAUUAACAAUCCUAAUAAUCCAUUAGGCAAGGUAUUUCAGAGGGAAGAGCUGCAGAUGAUAGCCGACCUGUGUAUAAAGCAUGAUGUUUUUUGCAUCAGUGAUGAGUCGUAUGAGUGGCUUACAUAUGACGGAGCACAACAUGUUAAAAUAGCGAGUUUUCCUGGCAUGUGGGAGCGCACUGUGACUAUUGGGAGCGGAGGAAAAAGCUUUAGCGCAACAGGAUGGAAGUUGGGCUGGGCAAUAGGAGCAGGACACAUCCUUAAACACCUACAAAACAUUCAUGAGAGCUCUAUAUACCACUGUCCCACUCCUACUCAGGAGGCUCUGGCAGUGUGUUUCCAGAGAGAAUACAAUAUGUUCGGCACAGAGGAGAGCUACUUUAGACAGUUACCAAAGCAAAUCCAAGCCAAACGCCAAAGGCUUGCUAACUGUAUGAGUAGUGUGGGGCUGCAGCCCAUCAUGCCUGAGGGUGGCUACUUUAUGAUAAUGGACAUCUCCAACAUGAAAGUUGAUCUAAAUGAUCGAGAUACUAAGAAUGAACUCUAUGACCGCAGAUUUGUCAAAUGGCUCAUUAAAGAGAAGGGUUUGGGCACUAUCCCUGUAUCUGCAUUUUUCAGCCUGGAACAAAGAGCACACUUCCAGAAUUACAUUAGUGUCUGCUUUGUCAAGGAUGAUUCAACCCUGGAUGCAGUGGAAGACAUACUGAAACAGUGAAAUGAUUAUAUGAAAAUGGGAUACAACUAAUCCUGAUAAAAAUUAUUCUCUUGCAUAGCAUGUCUGAGUCAAAUGGGAAUAUACUUUUGAUAUAGGAAUUUUUAAAUGAAAUGCAUAUUGAGGGAGGUGGGAAAGACAGCAGUCCUUUUGUGUUAUAUCCAUAAUUAAAAACAUUUAUGUUUUAAUUUUUACAGUUUAGUGCAAACUUUCUUCCCCACAUUGUUCAGUUAAAAAAAAGAAAUGAAAGAAAAACGCUGCAGCAAACGAGCAAUUCAAAACAAAAAGCAUAAAUAACAGAAAAAAUAUUUUAAUAACCAAUGAAUGAGUGAAUUAGCUCCAGUUAAUGUAUUAAUCAAUGCAGAACAUAAAAUAAAAGCAUUCUGACUUUUAUGUGGCCAAGAAUAUGACAAGAUACACAAUAAAUCAGCAGGUCUGAAUGAUCACCGAUUGUUCCAUGACACAGUGGGUGCAUCCCAAGCUUUAAUGGAUCGUUCCUUUAUUCCAUUUAUUGUACAUCCCUUAGCUUGUGACCCAGAACUCAAUCAAAGCCUAAAAUCUUGAAGACCUUCAGACUUAAAUUUACACCACACUACACCUUUCACAUUACCUUACCUUUUCUGUGUUACAAUAAUUAAUGCACCUAGUUUAUUUGCAUGAGAGGUCAUUUCAAAAUAAUCGCUAAGAACCGUUCUCUUGUGUCUUGUGGCAUUGCCUUUUAAUUGCAUAACUUCAAUAGAACUAUAGGGUAGCCUUGGUUACGAAAUGCAGUGCAGUCCCACCCACUUUUCAAGUCAUCGUAAAUAUUGGAACGGACAGGCAUUUCUUUUUCCCCAGUUGUUCUGUGUUAAACUGAUCGUUUAAGGGAUAAAUACAAAUUUAAAUGA